ACCGCCAUGCAUCGUGUCCUCGAGAUCCCCGAGCUACAGCUUGCGAUUGCCCAGGAACUCAUACCGCCCGAAUCCGACUGGUAUCGUCAUAGAACGGACCUCUACAGGCUAUCCCUCGUCUCGCAUUCGUGGAGAUCCAUAGCGGAACCCAUGCGCUGGGAAGAGGGUAAUGACUUCGGAGAUAUCCUGUGCAUCUUGCCCGCAGAUGCUUGGGUCACGGUGAACUUGGAGGAUUCAGACUGGCAAGGGAACACCUUCGUGAGGAGGGCAAGGUCGAUAUGCCGCCCACUCAAUUCGCAGGACUGGAGAACACUCCAACAGCGGACACGCUUUGUCCAGAGCUUUACCCUGAGCCAGGAUGCAGGGAUGCAGCAGACGCUCGCAAACUUGCUGAGCACAAUCCCGCCUGCCGACACGCUCUUUCCGAAGCUGACGGAGUUGGUCUUGACUUUGGACGAGGAUGACCAAGAAGACUUCAGCUCGAUAUACUCAGCAUUCGUUCUGGCCGUCACCACUCCGAGUAUCGCUCACCUGGCCAUUCGCAACUCGUUAACACACGCCCCGAGUCAUAUAUAUACUGCGACUCUGACACAAGUCAUACGACGCUCUCAAGGACUUCGCACCAUCGUAUUCGAAGCCAGCGCCGAGUUCGAGAGACGAAUGCCGUUUCCUCCCGAGAGCUCCUCGCCAUACAGGAGUUCCUUCCAAGCUCUCGGCUCGUGCGACCUGCUCACCUCUGUCAAAUUCGAGAUCACUACGUACGAGUACGACUCCUGCCUUCUACCCACUCUUGCUGCCCUUCCCAACCUACGAGAGCUUACGCUGAAGAACGAGUACCAGGCGGAGUGGGUGGAAAUGGACGCACUCGAAGCCCUGGACGAACUGGAGGCGCUACUGCUAAGGCUAGGAAGUGUCCGGAUACCCACGCCCAGCUUUCCGUCCCUGCGAUCUAUGCGCUCGUUGGAACUCCCUCAUCGGCUCGUUCGUGCUCUCAUCGCGGCUGGUGGUUGCUCCAUUCCCUUGACAUCCUUCGAAAUCAAUACGGAUAUCGAUGAUUACCAACGCUUUCACGACAUUCUCUCGGCUGUAUGCAUGGGCUGCCACGGCCCCACUCUGACUGGCCUGUCCGUCGAGUGUUGUUGCAUGACUUUUCGAGGCUAUCCCACUACCAGCGUCCUCGAUCUGUCCGCAAUCGCUCCAAUCUCGUCAUUCGCUCGUCUAUCCAGGAUCCAGCUCGACGGCCUCGUCAGCGUCGACCUUUCAGAUGCCGACUAUGCGGAGAUCGCUUGUUGGUGGCCCGAACUUGUCAGCCUCGCUCUCGUCACCGAACGUUCGACGCCUACAUGCUCGCUUGCAGCGCUUCUACAUCUCCAAUCGUCGUGUCCUUACCUAGAAUACCUGGACCUUGCCCUCAAUGCUGAGGAGGUGCCGACCAUAGCGAGCUCGGAUACUCGAUCGACCACAAGCACGCAACACAUCUCGCCACCUCGCUUUGAACUUCAAGUACGAAACUCACCUAUCGCGGAAGACGUGGGCUCCGUCGCUCUCUUCCUGCUGUCGCUCUUUCCGAAGAUACAGACGGUCAAGUUUGAAGUGGGCUUCGACGAUGAUGCCUUUCAUAAGGAGAAUGCGGAGGAGUGGGUUAUCUUGGAAAGGAGGGAGGCAUGGGGAAAGGUGAACGAUUUGAUCGUCAACCACAGGAACGCAUGCAUGUAGAGAAUGUAAACCCUCUUGAUGCAAGUCAAGCACGAUGCAUAAAGAACAGCAACAUAGGUUGCCUUUGUCGUGUUGAUGCACUAACAUAC